CGCCGUGCCAAAUGUUAAGUAUAUAAUCGCCCCUUAACACUUUUUCCCCGUUUUUUCAUUACCCACUCCGCUCCUCCUACUAUUCUCUUUCUCCAAAGCCGUAACUCCUCCGCCCUCCUCCCUCACAACCCAUUCUCCUAUCAAUGUCUUCAACAAGGAGCACUUCCUUCCGCGGUAGCAUUCGCGGUAGGGGAAGCUUUCAGCGUUCUCACUCUCGAGCACCAUCGGAAUCGCCAUCUACCACUACCCCUCAGUCUAUAUUCAAUGCCGGUGGCGACUUGGAGGCUGAGGUCGAGGUCGAGGGCGAGGGCGGAGGAGGCGGCGAAGGAGGAGACGGAGUUUCAACGGAGGCUAGUGCAGUGCCGUACGGGGAUCUUCCGCGCUUGAUCACUAAGGCCGAACUGAAGGGCAAACAAGCUGUCCUAAACACAAUUAAAGGCAUAAUCAAAGAAAGUUUUCAUGGGCCGUGGAAUACCUACACAACCGCCCCCAAGGAAGUUCGUCAGCGAUGGUGGAACCUGUUUCGUCUUCGUUACACCUGGUUGCCUGGGGCAUACCCGGCGGACACUGAAAAAAUCAUGAGGAGCGCCUUUAACACCCAUGGGUCCGUAUGCAAAGAGCGUGAGGUCGAGAAAGACUACAAGGAGAAGCUCCUUCUAAAGAAGCAAGCCGCAUCCGGAUCGGGGUCUAAUUCUAUAAGUCUUGAUGAUGUUGCUGAGGAAGAACUAGAAGAUGACCUUGGGUUGUACGUCGAGGUGGUGAGGAACAACAAGAACCGGGUCUUCGGGCGGGGCUGUGAAACUGGAUCCUCGGAAUCACUUUCUUCGGGAGGCACUAGUCAUGAAGACUACGCUGCCCGGCUGAAGACCGAAUUGGAGCUGAAAUUGGAGAAAAAAUUUGAAGCAAAAUUUCAAGAAAAAAGUGCCGAUUUAGAGAAGAAAUAUCAGGCUCAAUCCCAUGAUUUGUUAAGUCAAUUUCAGGGGUUGAAAGAGUCGGUCAAUUAUUUGACCCAAGGCCUCAGUUUCCAGCCCUUGAUGUCUCCCGUGCCUGUUUUUCAACAACCUACAGUCGUCCCCCAAAUGCCAAACGUUCAAUCGAGGGGGCAAAAUUCAAAUAACUGGGAUGUUAACAGUUUUCUAAACAAUGAAAAUCUACGCGAGACCAGUGAGGCAACGAAGGAAAAAGAGUCGACACAGGGGCUAGGGUUUGCAACCCCAACUCCCGACUAUGAAUCUUCGGUCGAAUCUUAGAGUAGCAAGUAGAUGCGGUUAUGGAGGCUGGAAGAACAAAAGGGCAUGGAGACCAAUGCUGAGAAUCUGGUGAUGUCGAGCAACAUAAACGAAUCCAAAUUCAACGCCCAGGCGUGUUUUUAAGGGAUUUGCUUUUGCAGCUUGCUGACUUGAUU